GCUGGGCCGGGACGUCAUUCCGAUUGAUAACGAGCUAGUGUCAUUUUCAAGUGUAAUCGCAAAUUUUUGCAUAAAGAAAAAUGUCUUUCAUGCCAUCAGUGAUAGAUGAUUUGGCGGCGUUCAGGCGCCCCCGCCGCCUGAUGAACCAGCAUUUCGGGUUAGGAUUGACACCCGACGAUUUUCUGACCGUAUCCAAUGGACCUCUGCUGAACAGGGAAUACUUUAGAACCUGGCGUCAUCUUGCAGCAGCAACUAAAGACCUGGGCUCCAACAUCAAAGUGGACGUUGAUAAAUACCAAAUCAACUUGGAUGUUCAGCAUUUCGCUCCAGAAGAAAUCUCCGUGAAGACUGCGGGUGGCUACAUCAUCGUAGAAGGCAAUCAUGAGGAGAAGAAAGAUGAACAUGGCUAUAUCUCUCGGCGUUUCGUUCGAAAAUACGAACUACCAGAAGGGACGCUGCCUGAAGCUGUGGAGUCAAAACUGUCUUCAGAUGGAGUCCUGAUCAUCACUGUUCCGAAGCCUAUUCCAGAAUCGAUCAAGGACGAAAGGAAAGUUCCUAUUGUACAAACUGGCCCUGUUCGUAAGGAAAUUAAGGACCAGAAUGAAGGUACCAGCGACCAGAAGAAAGAAGAGUAAACGUUCUUCUUUAAAGGAGAAAAGUUCUUCCUUAGCUUUUAAGUAUGAUCCAGCUCUCGCAUUUCUAAAGUAUUAGUGCAAUUUAAGACUGUAUUUGUUUUUGUUGUUUUGUAAAUUAAUAAAAUUUUCAUCGCUUCUUA